AUGUCCCAACCCCCGCCUAAUCGUUAUCAUCCUGGUAACAAGGGUGUACCCCCUCUGCCCCCGUUUCCUCAGCUGCUUCAUCUGAAAGACUCCUCACCGGCGACUCAGCAGCGGUCUCGCUCAUUUUCUGGAACCGACAUUGCAGACGACGACUCGACGCAUCAAACCAUGAGCCCCGAAGAAGAGGAGGUCGACGACACCCCCCAGAAGCCCGACAUCAAGAAGGAGAAGAAGCCGCACGCGACUCGCCGCCGCGUUGUCCAGAGCUGCUCAGAAUGUCGCCGCAGAAAGAUCAAAUGUGACAAGAAGUUUCCAUGCGGACCCUGCAUCCUUCGUCAGGACCAGGCUCGCUGUCAUGAGGUCGGAACAGCGGAGAAGCAACUAGUCGCUUCAUCCAACUAUGCGACCACCCAGGACCUCGCGAACCUCGCCCACCGCGUGGACGCCCUCGAGGCUGCCCUUGUCAAGUCGGGAGCCAUCGUGCCGUCCGACCUGGAGCAGUUCCUUAAGCAGAUCCAGAGCAAGCUGCCGCCUCCGGGCUCUGGUGGGCAGAACCCUGCCAUGGGCAACCCGCAGGACGCGGACGAUGUCUCUGAUACGGAAGGAGCGGCCCUCACUCUCGAACACCUGGCGUUCGGCCGUGCGCGCGUCGAUGGCGCUCACUCCAUCCCACACUUCAACGGCAUCAGCCGCAAGGUCUCGUCUGUUAGCAAGCAGGCGCCCGGACAUGGCUACCACCUCGCUCGUCAGACUCAGCAGACUGGCGACUCGCCAUCCAUGUUCUCGCCGAGCAAUGUCAAGUCAGAGUUCAGAUUCCUUGGCAACACGGAAGAGCGCGGCGCUCGUAUCUCUGCUCUUGCGGAGCAGCUGACGCCCGUCGAGGUGUUCGACAUGUACACCCGCAAGACCGACCUUGUUUUGAACGCCCUGACCCGCUGCCUGCCGUCGCGCGAGCUUGGUGAGCUGAUGGUCAACGCAUACCUCAACCGAGUGGACUGGCUUCACAGAUUGUUCCAUGUCCCGACGUUCCUCAGCCAGUGCCGUGACCUUUGGGCUCUGCCGCCCGACCGCGUUGUCUACGAGAUCUCAACGCCCUUCCUGGCUGUUUACUUUGUCGUCAUUACGCUCGGGCUGUACUUCAUGGACUCGGACGAGGCGGCCAAGCACUUCAGCUCCCGGGAAGAGGUGCAGUCGCUCUGCGACCAGUGGUACGCCGCUGCGCGAGCAUGCCAGUGGUCCAGCGACUUCAUCGCCAACCACACGCUCGAGAACCUGCAGGCUACCAUUCUCAUGAGCGUCCUCAUGAACAACCGUGACCGUGCCGAUGCCGCUUGGGCUCUUCUCGGUGCCGCUAUCAAGAUGGCCCAGGGACUGGGUCUUUCUCGACUCGGAGCCGAACAGCAGAGUGUCGACGGCCGACCACUGCCGAUGUGGAAGGGACGCUGGGAGAGUCUGAUUCAGCGUGAGGUCGGACGCCGCAUCUGGUGGAACCUGGUCUUCCUCGACUGGUCGCUUGCCCCGAGCUACAACUUUGCGUGCAGCAUUCACCCCGACCAGAUCAAGUGUGCCCUGCCCGCCAACAUUGAGGAUGAGGACCUCAUCGACGGCCAGCCGAUCCGCCCUCAGCCUGAGAGCGUGCGAACACGCAUGUCGUUCCAGCUCGCCAAGCUCAAGUUUGCCGAGAUUAGCCAGCGCCAGAUCUGGCAGGCGAACAACAACAACCACCCGCAGCGUCGAUUACCGACACGACCGGAGUCAGCUAAGGGACACUACAUGUCAUGA